GUAAUUUCCGUUAUUCUAUCGAGAGAAAACGCGUUAAGGCGGUUUCUGUUUUUCUUUCUCUCCUCUCACUCUGUUUCUCUCCCUCUGCGGGUGCGAGGUCUCUGCCAGGAGGGGAAAGAGAUCGUGAGAUCUCUCUUGAUUCGAUACAACCAUGACAUGGAACCACUACUUUUUUGCGUUUCUCUUAUUCCUCUCGACAAGCUUGGCGUCUUCGAGUUUCAUUUCAGACAAUGUCUUUGAAUCUGAUGGAUCGACCGGCCAUACUGCUCGGACGCUCCUUCAGGCUAAAAAGAGUUGCUCUGUGAACUUUGAGACUCUGAACUACACAAUACUUACGAGCCAGUGCAAAGGACCCCAGUACCCUGCCAAGCUCUGUUGUGGAGCCUUGAAGGAAUUUGCAUGCCCCUAUUCAGAUCAGGUGAAUGACGUCACCACUAAUUGUGCAUCUACCAUGUUCAGCUACAUUAACCUCUAUGGAAAAUACCCACCUGGUUUAUUUGCUAGCAUUUGCCGUGAUGAUAAGGAAGGGCUUGUAUGUGAUGAUGCACCACCACCAGCUGAAAAUCCAAAUGGGGCUUUGAUCGGCCAGAUAGUACCACAUUUCUUAGUGCUUUUGGCUGGCUACUUAUUAGUACUUUUUCAAAUGUUGUGAUGCUCUGAUGUGGUUAUCAUCCCAAUUCUCCUCUGUCCCAAUUGGAUAGUUUUAUUUGUUUAGUAGUUUGUAUUAUUCUGUAUCAAAACAUUCUUACCAGGGCUGAUUCUUUGAUUCAUAUUUCCCCUUAAUUAUGUAUUUGAUUGUUGUAUUACGAGUUCCAUACACAUUGAUAUUACUUACAGAGUGAAUCUUUUUAACCAAA